UACAUUUACAUAUACGCUUGCUAUGCAGACAGAGAUCACGACAUAUAAACAGAACAAGAACGGAUUCAACGGGGAGACGGUUAAUACGUACAUAGUGGACUGGGACGCGUCAAACGAAGAUGCGCUGGUGCUGGCAAAUAUGGCGGAUAAGAACGGUGACAUGCUAGCUGUCUACAGAGAGGGAAUAGUGAGCCAAGGCAAAAAGUAUGUUGAAGAGGUGGCAUAG